GUUUAUGGUGUGGAGCAUGUCUAAACUGCUUUGUUCUUGUAACAAAUCGUCUGCUGGAGGUAUCAAACAGAAGCUUGCUACAAAUGAUAUAUGGAAAGCGAAAAACAUAUGUUGUCCUUCUGCUUCCACUUUUCUAUAGUUUAUAUUUCUGCUUUUUCACACCUCCGCUUCUUUUCAAUUCCGACUCUAUGGCAUGGUUUUUCUUUACAUUCGCUCCUGGCCAUGAUUCGGCUCAGUAUUACAAUUAUCCACAUACAGCUAACAACUUACUUGUGGUAGCGAUAACGUGCUUGCUUUAUGUUCCUUAUGCUCAUGCCCUGCUAAAAUCUAAAGCAACUCGCUUAACAUGGGCGCAAAAAUCUUUCUUCAUUCAAUGUACUUCGAUUUGUACGGCAAAUCUCCUAGCAGCAUUGAUUUAUGUGUACAUGCAGUUUUUCGAAACAUCUUCAUACUUUGUGCUUUUCGGGCACAUUUGCUGGCAACUGGGACAC